AUGAAAAUGGCCUUAAAGGCCGCUCUUCCAGCCCAGCAUAAUCGUUUAUACCAGGCUGUACGGUCUGUGUUUAUGAAAUGGCUGAGUGAGCUUGGGGACUCACUCAUGGACUAUAGCCUGAUCGUCGAUGAAGAAUCAUUCAUUAAUCAGGGUUUCGUUCGUGUUGAUCUCGGCCUCGUCCCAUGGCAGAAUCUUGGCCCGCUCUGCGUGAUCAAAAUCGCGUAUGACGAACCAAAGGAGAAAUGGCUGUCAGAAAUCCGUGGCUGUGUUUCGGGAAGAGAAAAUAGCUGUAGGCUUGCUAUCGUGGUGGAAAUUCAUGAAAAGCCCGACGAGACGCGACAGCCACCACCAGCUGCGGAGCUAUGGAGCUGUCUUCCCUUUAUGCAUAGACAUGAUGUCGGUCAGCUGGCAACGUCCAUUCUGCAGUUUUGCAACCGGAAGGGCUACCAUCUCACAGAGAGGUUCUCAUGCAAGAUCCAUGUGCAGUACCUCCGUGAGACUAACCCGGAGCUGAUCUGGGAGUGCGAGUUCACAGAAGAGAGAGUCUAUUUACCUAUAAUGCAUGAUGCAUACGAGGGAAAGCUCCAACUCCGUGAAGUUUUCUUGCCCGAAUGGGAGACCAAAAGAGUUUAUUCGCUCCCAUUUCUUCAGCUUCUGGAGGCCAUGCCGCGUAGCCUCAGCGCCCACGGAUACGCGAAAGCACUCCACAUGGCGGGCAUGAAGAAGAAAGAAUUACUCCCGCCAGUUGAAAAUUGCGAAAACUGCAGGCUCUGCAAGAGCCACUCUGAGCCCUUCGAGUUUCUCAGGGGGAUGUAUAGAAGGGAAGCAGAGCAGAAUGAAAAGGAAGAAAGGGAGCGCCGGGCGAAGGAGUACAAAAGCGGAACUGCGAAACGGGCCAAGCCGCAGGAAAAAUUUGUACUCCUCGACGAUAACGACAGCCUGGAAGAUGCGGAUGGCGAAUUGGACGACCUAGAGGAUGAAGAUUCAGAGCAGGACGAGGCCAGUGAGUAUGAGGACGGAGACGUAGACGGCGAUACGGAUAUGGAUUGA